UCGAUUGCAGGGACUGCCGUCGAUUACUCGCGCCCGAUACCAAAACCCUAUCGCGGGCGACUUCCGCCUCGUCGUCGCCGGCGCCCCGAUCAGCGGCACCACCACCGCGCCCGCCGCUCGGUUCUUCCGCCAGAUCCUUAGCUCUACAAUUAAGAUAAAUAUGGUGUUUUUGGGGCCCUCUUAAAUGUUCCUCUUUUUCUCCUUUUGCUUAUCAAGCAGCUAAGUGAUGAAUAGUGGAUCGCAUGCACGCGGUUGAUCUCCCGUCUUCCUCUGCUGCCCAAAUCUUAUUUCUGAUCGGAUAUGUGAGCAAGCAAAAGCAUAGAAAGAAAUUUUGGUUUUUUCUUUUCCUAAAUAAAUAGAAGAACACACAGCAGUUGUUAGGAGGAGCUUGUGUGUGUGUUUUGUUUAUUUCUUUAAAACAAUGGAUGCUCUGGGAUCAAUAAUUGGGACUAGGCUUCCUUCCCCCACAAAUUUCAUCAAUAUGUCAUCGAGAUGUAUGACAAUUAGAUUGGCAUCUCAGGAUGCUCUCUCUCGUUGUUCAGUCACAUAUAGGAGCCACAUACUCGCAAAAGCAUCUCCUCCUUCAAAAGUGGUGCUGCAGAAAGCUGGGAGUAAAUAUCAGGGCUUGGGAUGUAGAUGUAGUGCUUCCGAGACAGUGAGCUGCAUGACAAAUGAUCACACUUCACAAAAAUCGACUCAGAGGAAAAGAUUGGCAGUUUUUGUCUCUGGUGGAGGUUCAAACUUUAAAGCUAUCCAUGAAGCAACCAAGCAAGGAUUAGUUCAUGGAGAUAUUACAGUUUUGGUCACAGAUAAGCCUGGUUGUGGCGGUGCUGAAUAUGCAAGAGAUAAUCUAAUUCCAGUUGUUAUAUUUCCUGGAUCCAAAUCCUCACCUGAUGGUGUCUCAGCAUUUGAACUUGUAGCAACCUUAAGGAAAUUUGAGGUUGACUUUCUUCUGCUUGCUGGUUACUUGAAGCUUAUACCCAUCGAAUUAGUUCAGGCAUUUCGAAGAUCCAUAUUAAACAUUCAUCCAUCCCUUCUUCCAGCUUUUGGUGGUAAAGGUUUUUAUGGUUUAAAGGUGCAUGAAGCUGUCAUAGGGUCCGGGGCAAGGUACUCUGGUCCCACAGUUCACUUUGUUGAUGAACAGUAUGAUACUGGUCGUAUCUUGGCUCAGAGAGUAGUGCCUGUGCUAACAGAUGACACCGCCGAGCAGCUUGCAGCAAGAGUCCUUAGCCAGGAGCAUCAAGUCUAUGUGGAGGUAGUAACAGCUUUAUGCGAGGAUCGAAUUGUUUGGAGGGACGAUGGAGUCCCUCUUAUACGCAGCAGGGACAAUUCAGAUAAACUUUACUAGUAGAACAGUAGAAAGUGUUGCGUUUAGGAUUGUUGAUAUUCUUGAUACUAUGUUUUAUAAUAUUUUUUAAAAAAAUUCAUUCAUUAUAUUAAACAGCAUAUAAGAUAUAUUCACAUGUAUUUGAAUAUGAGAUCUAUUAACUAUGCAACAAUUGUGCAUUUGCCA